AUGAAGAAGCUUUAUAUUUUAUUCGAAUGUUCAGCUGGAUAUUUUCUUUUAAAGAUUGAAGAAUGGGAGCAAAUAGGAAGCAGUGAAGAACUUGAAAAGAAAAUAUUGAAGAGUGAUAUUUUUCAUCAAAUGGUAGAAUUCUGUGCAUUUAUUCCUUUUGAAACUGCUGAGAGAGCUUUAGAUAAUUUAUUAAAUAUAAAUGAAGGGAAGGCAACACCUUUUCUGUUAUCUUUUUUAGAACAGAAUUUGCCAAAUAAUAAGAAUAAAUAUGAAUUAGGUGUUGCAGAUAUAAAUUUAGGAAAGAAUUUAUCUAAUGUUGGUUUUAAUAUAAUUCAUAAUAAUAAUGUUUUGGAAUUAUUUCGUGCAUGCAGACAAUAUUAUUUAAAGAAAAUAUCAACAUAUGUAAAUAAUAUUGAUAUAGAUAUUAAACAUUUUAAUAUAGGUUUAGGUCAUAGUUAUUCAAGAUCUAAAUUAAAAUUAGAUCCAAGAAAACAAGAUAAGUCAAUUAUUAAUAGUAUAGGAACUAUUGAAUCAUUAGAUAAAAAUAUUAAUUUAUUUAGUAUGAGAGUUAUAGAAUGGUAUAGUUGGCAUUUUCCAGAAUUAAAAAAAAUUGUAACAGAUGUAUGUAUGUAUUGUAAAUUAGUUAAUUUAAUUCAAAUAAAAGAAAAAUUUGAUUUUGAUGAAUAUGAAAAUAAAAUAAAUGAUAUAACUCAAAAUGAAGAUUUGACAAAAAAUAUCUGUAAAGUAGCUAAUCUUUCUAUAGGACAAGAAUUAACUGAAGAAGAUUUAACUAAUAUUCUUAACUUUUCAAAUGAAGUUAUUAAUUUAUCUAAUACCAGAAAUAUUUUAUGGAAUUAUCUAGAUAAUAAACUUAAUAUUGUAUCACCAAAUCUUAAAGAAUUAUUAGGAAAUACAUUAAGUGCUCGUUUAAUUAGUCAUGCUGGUUCUUUAGUAAAUCUAGCUAAAUGUCCAUCUAGUAGUAUACAAAUAUUUGGAUCAGAAAAAGCAUUAUUUAAUUCUUUAAAAGGAAAUAAAAAAACACCAAAAUAUGGAAUCUUAUAUAACUCAUCAUAUAUCUCUAAAACACCACUGCCACUUAAAGGACGAAUGUCAAGAUAUUUAUCUUGUAAAAGUGCUAUGGCAGCAAGAAUCGAUUCAUUUUCUGAUUAUCCUACUAACUCAUAUGGACUUAUUUUUAAAAAACAAUUAGAACAUAAAAUUCAACACAUGGUCAAGGGUGUUAAACUCUCGAAAAAUAUCGAUUACAUCAAUGAGGCAGAGAAAAUAUAUCGAAAUGAAUUGUCCUCCUUUCAUAAAGACGGAAAAUUAGACAAGGAGUUAAAAAAGGAAGACAAAAAAAAGAAAAAGAAAAAAAAAAAAAAUAAACGAAAACAUGAUGAAGACCAGCCCAGUGGACACAGUCAACAAGAUGAACAAGGUGAAAAGGAUGAGGGGGAAAAAAAAAAGAAAAGAAAAAAGGACAAAAAAAAGAAAAAAAAAGAUAAAAAAAGGGAAAAUAAUGAAGCACAAAAUGAAGAUGAUACAAAUGCUAACAGUCAAAUGGAUGAAGAUUUAAACGGGGAUGUUAAUGAAGAUUUAAAUGAUGAUGUAGAUGGAAUGACAGAGCAUAUAGAAGUGCAAGACGAGGAUGAACAUGAAAGGGAUGUAGAUCAAGAACAAGAAGAAGAACAAGAAGAAGAACAAGAAGAAGAACAAGAAGAAGAUCAAGAAGAAGAAGAACAAGAAGAAGAACAAGAGAAAGAGAAAGAACACGACUCGGAUGAAAAUGAGGAGGACUCAGAUCAUGAAGAAGAUUCGGAUGAAGAUGAAGAGGAUGAUUAA